ACUAGUAAAAAUUAGUACUCGUAAUUACCCCUUGGUUAAUUUAGUGGUUUUCACGGUUAAUCAUUUCCUUGGUACUGAUUAAGCGAUUCCAACCUCAUCUCCUCGUUGAACUUCUUUAUAAAUGCCUCAACUCGUCGAUUCUACUCGUCCUGACUCAGCAACGGUUCCUUUCUCAGCUUCAAUACUGAAGCCGGGGACGAGCUCACUUGCACCGGUGACAUCUGGAAAUUGGUCUGGUACUUGGACGUUUCCGAUUUCUUCACCACCGGCGACGGCUCAGCGAGCGAAUCCACGUUCACCUAAUUCUCCCAUGUGUCCUCGAACGUCUCUGAUUUCUUCAGGUGCCUCGAUAACGGCAUUUCCUUCUUGGCCUCCUCACCUCACUCACGUCGCAGACAGCCUCACAGCCCUUCACUCACUCUUGGUUUCAGCCGGCCAAUCAAGCUCUCAAGUCUCACCUCACCUUCAACCUUCCUCUCCCCUUCUUGCUGCUACAGAUCUACUGCAAAUCUGCUGUUGGAGCUGCUACAAAUAUGCUGCUGGAGCUGUUGCAGAUCUGCUCCUGGAGCUGCUGUCAAAGCUGUUAGCUGCAGCCUACAGAUCUGCUGGAGUUCAUCCUGCUGCUUGCUGCACUGUGCCGAGCUUCCUCUCUGCUGCUUGCUGCACUGUGCCGGACUUGCUCUCUGCUUGCUGCACUGUGCCGGACCCUCUCUGCUUGCUACACUGCACCGGACUUGCUCUUUGCUUGCUGCACUGUGCUGGACCCUCUCUGCUUGCUGCACUGCACCGGACUUGCUGCCUGUGCUGGACUUGCUGCCUGUGCCGAACUCUGCUUGCUGCCUGUGCCGGACUCUGCUUGCUGCACUGUGCCGGACCCCUCUCUGCUUGCUGCACUGCACUGGACUUGCUCUCUGCUUGCUGCACUGUGCCGGACUUGCUCUCUGCUUGUUGCCCUGUGCCGGAUUCCCUCUCUGCUUGCACUCCCUCUUGGCAUCCAACGGAUCCCCGCGAGGAUCCCCAUUCCCCGCGGGGAACGGAGACGGGGGCAAAAUCUACCCCCGUCAAAAAUCUCCGCGGGGAUCCCCGUCCCCGCCAUUCGCGGAACGGGGACGGGGAGGCACUCCCCGGCCCCGCGGGCCCCGUUGACAUCCCUAAGGGGAAGGAUACUUUGGACUUUUGAGCAGUGCAUCAAGCAGCCGCCAUUGUUGUUUGUUUUGAGCAAGAAAAUGACGUUUCUUGU